AUGGGACACAAGCUCUUCCUCAUUCAAUAUGACUAACUGACAUUUGGGCUGCUCACGGUUUUAAACACAGCUCACUUGGCUCAGUGUCAGCUGACCUUACAAAACGUUAUUUAAAAUCCUGGAGGAGUCGUUCAUCCAGAGGAAAACAAGCAGCAGCUGAGAUGACACCUCUGAUGUUUAAAGAUGCUUUUUGGGGGUCGGAUCUGACCUGUCACGCUGGGUAUGACGCUGUGAUCCAGAGGUUACGAGAUGGAAGGCAAAUGUGCAAAGAUGUGGAGGAGCUUUUAAAGAUGAGGGCACUGGCAGAGGAGAGGUACGGGAAGGAGCUGGUGACCAUUGCUCGAAAAGCUGGAGGACACACGGAGAUUAGCACCUUGAGAGCGUCAUUCGACCAAUUAAGAACACAAAUGGAGACCAUCGGGCACUUCCGCAUGCAACUUUCUGAUAUAUUGAAAGAGGAGGUGAAAAAGGUCGAGACAUUCAGAGAACGUCAAAAAGAGCAGCGGAAGAAGGUUAUGGAAAAUUCAUGCUCCUUAACAACUGACUCAUUGUUUACUGAGUCUAAGUUUGAAAGCAUCAUGGACAAGGUUCAUAAGAAAAAGAUUUCCUUCUUCAAGAAGACCAUGGAGAGUCCUUGGCAAAACCCUGCAGUUCUUGCUUUCUGUUUCUCUUUCUGCCAGUCGAAGAGGAACUAUGAGCUGAGAAGCAAGGAGGCCGACGAGGCCGAACAGGGCGCUGAAAAAACUGCCGUCACAUCCAAAAACUCAGAAAAGAUACGUCACAGGGCCAAGCAAUGCAGACAGACAGCCAACGAAUCAGAGAAGCUGUACUUCAAAAACGUCAUGCAGCUGGAAAGUGUUCGCCAGGACUGGGAGGAAACACACCAAAGCACAUGUGAGGUGUUCCAGCAGAUGGAGGGAGAUCGGAUCGGCAUGCUCAGGUGUGCUCUGUGGGACCACUGCAACCACUUCUCCCUGCAGUGUGUCAAAGAUGAUGAGUUCUACGAGGAAGUGAGGAAGCUUCUGGAGCAGUGUGACAUCACGACGGACAACAACUGCUUCAUAGAGACGAAAGGAACGAGGUCGCAGCGUCCAGAACCCAUCGUGUUUGAGAGAUACUUUCCGACUGAGUCGCCCACACACAACAAUGGCCAAUCACUGAUCGCACGAGGAGGAGAGGACGUGAUGAGGAGAAACUCUUCACAUCGCGGGAGUUUUCCGAACAUCAACAUGGACAGUGCUCGAUCAUCACUGACAUCUGUUGUUGAGAUUUCAGAUGGAGGAUAUGCGCCUCUAACAGGCCUCCAGCAAGACACAUCACUGGCCACAUUUACAGCGGAUGAAGAGAGCUACUAUGUGCUUUAUGCAUACACUGCACAGGAGGAGGAUGAGCUGUCUGUGGGCAGAGGGGACGUGGUCCGAGUGUUGGAGCGAGGAGGAGAUGGUUGGUGGACAGUGGACAGGGACGGGCUGACUGGACUGGUGCCAGGGAACUACCUGGGCAAAAUCUGAACACACACACACACACACACACACACACACACACACACACACACACACACACACUAACACACACGCAUAAUGCCAAAUCACAUAUUGCCACACACCAACAUAUGCAUGUGCUUAAAAAAAGUCAUUGCUUCCUGUGUCACAUUUGCAUAACUACAUAGAUGAACAUGAACACAUAUUGUGCAUCACUAUAGAUUCACUCACAUACACAGUCCUUUGUCCAACGUCCUUGUUAAGUGUUGUUUACAAACGCAUCUGAAGUCUGAACUGAUUUAAAGUAUUAUGAAACUGUACUGAAAGCAUAAUUUAGCAUUCAUUACUGGUUGUUUAAACUUGAAAGAGGGACUUUUUUAUUUGUUAUUAACAGUGAAUCAAUCAUACCGCUGUAGCAACAUUUUUACAAUCCUAGCUCCUGUGUUAUAAAUGUAAACAGUCUGAGUCGCCUCCUUCCUAAAACUCCCUGUCGCUUGUGACUACAGCUGACAUGCACUGAACACUGACAUAUCGGGAGGGGCUUUAUAUGUGAAACUAAAUGUCAGAGUGAGAGCAUUUCUCCGGCCAGCUCCUUUGUAAAAACUCAGACUUAGGAAACAGUAGGAUUCACCGGCAGUUGGUGUGUUAGAUGUUUCAAAUUCAGAUGCAAAAAAUUAAAAAAUCAAAAGGAAUAUUAAAAAUGAUGGACAACGUUGAUUAUAUCUGUGUGUUACUUUAAGCCUGAAGUGAUUGUUUUUGUCAAACCAAGAGUUUAAAAUCCUACUGUGACUGAGAAAAGUGUCAAAUCAGCACCUUUGAGAAAAUGGGUGCAGCAAACAUUUGGAAUUGUUGAUUUAAAAGUAGAAGGAAAUGUUCAUAGAAUAUCUAAAUAGUUGACGGGUAAUUUUCUGUUGGUCGACUUAACAAUUAAUUUAUUAAAAGCCCAUUUACCCCUGCUACCUAGUCUAUAGGGUUUUUAUAUUGUGUUUUAUUUACAUUGUAUACAUUGGUUCAUUUUUUGUCGUGCACUGAUUGCUGGUUGUACAUCAAAUUGCCCUUGAAGGAUAAUAAAGAUUUUCUUUAAUGGACAA